AUGGCGUGCCAUGGUCUGGUAGAUGGGGGCCUGCACACUGCUCCGACGAUGGCAGGUCCAACAUGGCGCAACUCCAGAGGGGUCGAGCGGAGGCUCGACUAUAUUUUUCUAUCCAGGUCACUGGGUCAGUUGUCUGGGCGUUUGUUGCCUGUGUUUUUUUCGGAUCACGACGGGGUGCUGCUGCAGGUGGGGGCACCAGUCUGCCUCUUUGGUAGGGGGUACUGGAAGUUAGAACGGGAGGAACUGGAUGAGCAGGCUUUCGUUAACGGUUUUGUUGAUUUCUUUAGGGGGCUUGAGGGCCUCCGGUCCAUGUGUGAGGGGGUGUUAGAGUGGUGGGAAAUAGCAAAGGUGAGGAUUAGGGUUUUUAUAAUAGGAUAUUGUAAGAGGAAAAAGAGGGAGGAAAGGAGUGAGGUGGAUCAUAUCCAAAGGCUGCUCGAACUCGAGCUCGAGGCAGGCAAACUCGGCGGGUCGGUAGACUGGGAGAGAUCCUCUGCCCUAAAGCUCGAGGCAGGCCAACUCGGCGGGUCGGUAGACUGGGAGAGAUCCUCUGCCCUAAAGGCGCAACUUAGGGAGGUGCAUGAGAGGAAGGCUCGCCCUUUCCUGGAACGUGCGCAUAGUGGGUUUUUAGAACACGACGAGACUUGUUCCGCCGUGUUCUUUAAAUCAGUUAGGGGAAGACAGAGUAGGAAGGUAAUGUACGGGGUUAGGGAAGAAAACGGUAGAGUAGUGAGAGAAACUGAGGAAAUGGUCAAGGUGACCACGGAACAUUUCCGAGGUUUUUUUCAAGAAAGGGCAGUAGAUGUAGAGCAGGGAAAUGUAUUUUUAGAACACCUGUCCCGGCGAGUGCCAGAGGACAUUAGAGAAGCGAUGGAGGAUCAGAUCUCCCUCGAAGAGGUUGAGAGCGCCCUCAGGAGGAUGGGAAAAGGGAAGGUGCCUGGGAUGGAUUGUCACGAUCGUCGGUAAGAGAGGAGGACCAAGGCGCAGCGUUGAAUGCGAACAUAUUUAUUAUAGGUGAUACACGAUCAAAACAACAAAACGAUAACGUGACAGUCAACGGUCUAACACCAACCAACUAGAACAAGAUCCCACAACUAUUGUGGGAAAACAGCCUGUUUAAAUGUGGUUCCCAAUCAGAGACAACCAGCCACAGCUGACACUCGUUGCCUCUGAUUGAGAACCACACUGGCAACAUAGAAAAGAAACAACUAGACCUACAACACAGAAAUCUACACACCCUGGCUCAACAUAACAGUGUCCCCAGAGCCAGGGCGUGACAGUACCCCCCCCUAAAGGCGCGGACUCCGACCGCGCCAACCAAAUACCACAGGGGAGGGACCGGGUGGGCACUCCGCCUAGGCGGUGGAUCCGGCUCCGGGCCAGAUCCCCGCUCCCUCUCCAACCCCCCAAAGUACCCCUGGUCCGGUCUGGCCCCGCUGGCCGGAGCUGGACUGCACAUUGGUGGAGCGGAUUGCUCUAGCUCCGGCGUGAAGCAUCUGACCGGUGCCGGACCAGGCACCGGUGGAACAGGCACGGGACGUGCCGGACUGACGACGCACACCACUGGCUUGGUGUGGGGAACAGGCACGGGCCGUGCCGGGCUGACGACGCACACCACUGGCUUGGUGUGGGGAACAGGCACGGGCCGUGCCGGGCUGACGACGCACACCACUGGCUUGGUGUGGGGAGCAGGAGCGGGCCGGACCGGGCUGGCGAUGCGCACCACUGGCUUGGUGUGGGGAACAGGCACGGGCCGUGCCGGGCUGACGACGCACACCACUGGCUUGGUGUGGGGAACAGGCACGGGCCGUGCCGGGCUGACGACGCACACCACUGGCUUGGUGUGGGGGGCAGGAACGGGCCGGACCGGGCUGGCGAUGCGCACCACUGGCUUGGUGUGGGGAACAGGCACGGGCCGUGCCGGGCUGACGACGCACACCACUGGCUUGGUGUGGGGAGCAGGAGCGGGCCGGACCGGGCUGGCGAUGCGCACCACUGGCUUGGUGUGGGGAGCAGGAGCGGGCCGGACCGGGCUGGCGAUGCGCACCACUGGCUUGGUGUGGGGAACAGGAGCGGGCCGGACCGGGCUGGAGACUCGCACCAUUGGCCUGGUACGGGGAGCAGGAACAGGCCGGACCGUACUGGGGACACACACCACUGGCCCUACGCAGGGAUCUGGAACGGGCCGGACCGGACUGGUAACACACCCCAGUACCCUUCGCCGUGCCUCUACACCUUCCAUCCCCUCUUCGACCAGUGGCCCCCGUAACCUGGCGGCCUCCUCUGCCAACCCGCUGGGCCGCUCUGUCGCGGUCUCCUGCUGGCCCGUCGUCCACGGCGUUAGCCCCCCCCUAAAAAUGUUAUGGGCUUCACUCCUACCCGUGGACCAGGUCUCCAUACUUCUCGCCAGCCUUUCGCCCUUCUGCUUCCACGUCAAGCCCCUCUCUUCCUCACCCGGCUUGACCCAGUCGAGGAGGCGCUGGAUAUCCGCUAGGGUUUUCCCUGGCGAUGGCUCCUGGACCCGCUGCUUGGUCCAGUUCUGGUGGGAUCUUCUGUCACGAUCGUCGGUAAGAGAGGAGGACCAAGGCGCAGCGUUGAAUGCGAACAUAUUUAUUAUAGGUGAUACACGAUCAAAACAACAAAACGAUAACGUGACAGUCAACGGUCUAACACCAACCAACUAGAACAAGAUCCCACAACUAUUGUGGGAAAACAGCCUGUUUAAAUGUGGUUCCCAAUCAGAGACAACCAGCCACAGCUGACACUCGUUGCCUCUGAUUGAGAACCACACUGGCAACAUAGAAAAGAAACAACUAGACCUACAACACAGAAAUCUACACACCCUGGCUCAACAUAACAGUGUCCCCGGAGCCAGGGCGUGACAUGGAUGGGCUGCCGGCAGAGUUUUACCUGAAGUUUUGGGGGAAACUUGGUCCGGUAGUCCUUGAAGUCUUGAAGGCAAUCCUCGACACGGGGGUCCCGGGGGGAUCGAUGGCCGUAGGUGUGCUGUCACUCCUUUACAAGAAGGGGGACGCAACAGACCUUGGCAACUGGCGGACGUUGACCAUGCUGUGCGUAGAUUAUAAACUGCUUGCGAAGGUUCUAGCGGACCGGUUGCGCACAGCCCUUCCCUACAUCGUCCAUGAGGAUCAGACGUGUGGGAUAGAGGGCCGCUCUAUUAGGUGGAACCUGAGUUUGAUUAGGGACUCCAUCGCUUGGGUAGAGGAAAGAGGGCUGCCGUUAAUGGUAGCAGCACUUGAUCAGGCUAAAGUCUUUGAUCGAGUGAAUAGAUAUUUUCUUUUCAGGGUGUUAGGUAGGUUAGGUUUUGGGGAGAAGUAUAUAGGGUGGAUCCGUGCUUUAUAUGUCGGAGCAGGGUGCCGGGUUAAUGUAAACGGUCACAUGGGUGACGUUUUUGACCUCGCGUCGGGGGUCAGGCAGGGGUGCCCGCUCUUGGCACUCCUCUUCGUUCUGUACAUGGAGCCUCUGGGGGCUGCCAUUAGGGCAGACACAGGGGUGGAGGGCUUGCUUAUCCCUGGGAGCGGUGGGCUGCACGUUAAGAUGACGCAGUACGCCGACGACACUUCCUUGUUACUAUGCAAGGACUCGUGCCUGACUAGGUCCCUUGCCAUCAUUGGGGAAUUCACCCGAGCGUCGGGAGCAGUUCUCAAUCACGCUAAGUCUUCCGUUAAGUUUUUCGGAAGAUGGCGUGGGAGGACGGAUGUACCUGGGGGGUUAUCUCUCUGUAUCGGGGCCCUGAAGAUUCUCGGGGUCUUGUUUGAGACCUCCGGCUCAGCGACGCUGAACUGGAACAGGAGCAUCGCAGUGGCACAGAGGAAGCUGGGGAUGUGGAGGGCUAGGUCGUUGUUCUUUAUAGGCAAGGUCCUGGUCCUCAAGGUGGAUGGGGACGGUUAG